AUGGACACGGUUUCUCCGCCACCAGGUUCGAUCGUCUACAAAAAGCACUUCAUACCGCUCGAGUCCAACCCCGAGCUGUUCACCCAGCUCAUACACCAGCUUGGCGUUUCUCCUUCCCUUGCCUUUCAAGACGUCUUCUCCAUUGAUGACCCAGAUCUGCUGUCCUUCAUUCCUCGUCCAGUCCUUGCUUUGGUCCUGGUUUUCCCAACGUCAGAAGCAUACGAGAAGCACAAGGCCCAGGAAGAAGCUACUGUAAGAGACUAUCAAGGCGCCGGCGAUGACCAGCCAGUUAUGUGGUUCAAACAGACGAUCAACAAUGCUUGUGGCUUGUAUGGCAUCCUGCAUGCUGUGAGCAACGGCGAUGCGAAAGGGCAUAUCGUUCCCGCUUCACCGCUCGCGAGGCUGCUGGCUGCUUCUCUACUUCUGGAGCCAAAUCAGCGUGCGAAAGUACUCGAGGAGAGUGGUGAGCUGGAAGCGGCGUACAAAGCCGUCGCUCUGCAGGGUGACUCCGAUGUACCCACGGACCCCGAGGCCGAAGUUGACUUCCACUACGUGUGCUUCGUGAAGUCGGACGCGAAUGGUCAUAUCUACGAGCUUGAUGGUGAUCGGAAAGGACCCGUCGACCGAGGACCCAUCGAACCGAACGAAGACCUCCUAUCAGCGCGCGGGCUGGAGAUCGUAAAGCAGUUCAUCAGGAGAGAAGAGGGGCGAAAUCUGAACUUCAGUCUUAUGGCAUUGGCUCCGGCGUAA